CUUGGGCCGAGGCGGUCGACCGCUGCAACUAUACUACACAGAAUCUAUACUAGGACAAUUCUCCCGUAGUUUGUGAAUCCAGAAAGCAAAAAUAGGCAGCGCGUGGCGAAGCCAGGGAGCGUCGCGACGCCGCGACCAUAGCAGCGUCGCUCGCCACCGAAUAAUAUGCUGUCAGUGAAAUUAAAAGGGCCGUGAUCGAUUUGUGAUUGUGACCUUUAUUUGGAUUUUUUUCGUGUGUUUUAUUGUUUAUCUUUUCAGGAAUCGAUAGGGUUACCGUUAAGAUCACGUCCAAGAUGAAUUUGAUGUUCCGGAAAAAUUUUCGAGAACAAAAAUCGGGGCCCAUAAGUGGAAAAGGAACCAAGGGCAAUGCCGGUAGGCAUACUAAUAAACGAUGCACCAGAGAGCAAGGGUACACCCCUAUGGAGGAGCACCAUUAUAGAACGCACUUGUUUUUUAGUCCUCCAAGGAGUAGUUACAGCCAAGAGGAAUCGGACGGUAACCCUAGCCUUAGGAGAGGCACAAAUGCCAUAGAGCCUCGUUGCGGCCCGAUGACAGGUGCUGGCGGGGAACCACCGCCCCCCAGCACAACCAUUUCACCCGCUAUGACGGAAUCAGACUUGCCACAACCAUUAAUAACCAGAACGCCAUCUGUCAAUUUAAAAUGGACAAAAAACAAUAAUACACCUUCAAGACAAGUCAGUUUUAAUCAUGGCAAUCCUGAAGUGGCCAGAUCCUUAACGGGAGUGGAAAAAGACUGCUUCAUAAUUCCUAUACAUAGUUUAGAUAGAUUUCUUCCAGCAGGAGUGCCUAUGCCAAAACCACCCCAACCACCGUCCCAUAAUGGAAACUCUUUGGACAGAAAAUCUCAAGGGAAUUUACACGUAAUGGAAGUACCUGAUCCGAAACUGUGUGUCUUAUGUCACCUAAUGAGUCAAUUAGAACCCAUCGAUCCAGUAUUAGAGUCGCCUUUGAUACAGCCUCUGUUCAAGCAACGAGUCUCUGCGGGCGAAUUGGUCAACGAAGUGGCGAUGGCCAAAACCGCCGUCACCGGAAUGCUGUUGGCGAAUAUGGAAAGAAACGCUGAGUUUCCUUUUAUAAGCUACUAUGUGAUAAAUACAUCUCAGACCAAUCCCGUGAUGUUUUACAAUAAUUUACGCACUGCCAGUUUAACCAAAUUUGAUCCGAGAGCUACAAGAUACACUGCAGCCCACACUUUGGACUUAUACAGUGAAGUCGCUUCAAUAUGCAGGCCCCCAGUUCACGAAAUAGGAGUGCCGUUACCGAAAAGUCAUAAUCCAAAUACGGGUUACAUUGUAUCAGUGUACAAAGUGUUUGAGGGAGACGACAGGGAAAUAUUUGAAAGAAAUUGGCUUUACUGGACAGGCGCACGUAUGAUUUAUCGAUAUCUGCCCCAAAAAGCCGGUCUACGGAAAAUAUCGCUUCACAAAUCACUUAGUCCAAAAGGGGACAAAAUGUACAUUUUAAUGUGUGAGUGCGCCAACCUAGUAUCCGAUGUUACCGUAUGUGCAUUAUUAUUGCCUGCCUUGAGAGCACGACUAACUGGUUAUACUGGGCUGUUUAGGCCAUUACAAGCUUUUUAAAAAAAAAAAAAACGAUGCAGGAAUACAAUAAUAAUGAUUAUAGUUGAAUCUAACCAUAUCUAACAAUUCUCAGAGUAAUAGAGUUUUAAAGAUGAUGCCAAAAAUAUGUACAACAUAUCUGGAAUCUGAGAGGCCUUACUUCUACUUAAUUGUACACUUUUGAAUAAUUUUUUUAGUUAGGUAGUUAAUUAAUAAGCAGUGUGCAGUGUAGCCAUAAAUAAUAGAUAGGUACUUUUAGGUAUAAGGAGGCUGUUUUGAAUCACACAUUUAUACAUUUUGGAGCCAAAACUAAUUAAAUUCAAAUCUUGGCUAUUGGUUAUUCAUAAGCUUUAGUAGGUUAUAACCGGUAAGGUAUUUCCACAGUGGCAGAUGGCUGGUUUUAUAAAAAUACAAAAGUAGGGAUUUGGUUUACUUUGAUGUAUUUUUUCAUGCUUUCUAAUGUCGCACAGCAGGAAACAGCAAAUGUAAUAAAGAGCACUCCUGUAGGGACUAGGGACUUUAUGGUUUUCAAACAUUAGGCAGUAAUACUUCAUCUAUUUAUCAAAACGGUUAACUUUACGAUUUACCACAAGGCAUGGUUUUAUACAACAAACUUAACUGAAGAUUCAAUUUUGACCAUUAGGGAAGAAUUGGAUUCGAUUGUGUCCACCAGAAAUAAACAUAAUAUAUUUUAUAUCCUACUGAACUAUUAAAACCAUAUAAUACCUUGGUUACGAUAAUCAUAAACAGGGUCUUAACUCCCAAGGGAGUUAAGGAUUUUCAUAACUCCCAAGGGAGUUAAGGAAGGGAGUUAAGGAUAUCAUAACUCCCAAGGGAGUUAAGGAUUUCCAUAACUCCCGCUUUUACCUUGAAUAGGUAACACUUUGACAAAAAAUAGAAAUUUUGAUUUAUGGCUUAUUCCUUUAUAAAAAUAGACAGAAUACAGUAAAUUCAGUAGGAUAUAAAAUUAUCUAUGUACCACGGGAAUUAUCAGGAGUUAAAACCCACGGGCAAUUGGUGUCCCUCGGGCCGGAGGCCCUCAGGACACAAACGUUGCCCUGGGGUAUUAACACCUGCAUAAUUCCCUUGAUACAUAAAUAACUAUUAUAUCCUACUGAACUAUUAAAACCAUAUAAUACCUUGGUUACGAUAAUCAUAAACAGGGUCUUAACUCCCAAGGGAGUUAAGGAUUUUCAUAACUCCCAAGGGAGUUAAGGAAGGGAGUUAAGGAUAUCAUAACUCCCAAGGGAGUUAAGGAUUUCCAUAACUCCCGCUUUUACCUUGAAUAGGUAACACUUUGACAAAAAAUAGAAAUUUUGAUUUAUGGCUUAUUCCUUUAUAAAAAUAGACAGAAUACAGUAAAUUCAGUAGGAUAUAAAAUUAUCUAUGUACCACGGGAAUUAUCAGGAGUUAAUACCCACGGGCAAUUGGUGUCCCUCGGGCCCCCUUGAUACAUAAAUAACUAUUAUUGAGGCUUCAUUAUGUGUGAAAUUUCUUGUUAUAGGGAUAAUAUAUUUUUUUCUUAAAAAUAAAAGAAUUUUGUUUGAUAUCACAAUGCCUAUUUUAUUUUAAUGAUAGCAACUACUAAAUAAUAAUAACAAAGAAACACUGCAUUAGGUAGGUAAGUAUCCCAGGAAAGGCAUAUCUGUUCAGUAACCUUUUCUGCCCCUAAAUCUUUGUCUGGCAUCUAGCUGUAUAUGAAAAAAGCAACAUUAGCAUAAAACAAAAAAUGAAUUAAUUAAUUUAGAAAUGGUAGUUUACCAAUGAUCUUUUACAUUCAAAAAAAGUAUUCCUUAGUACUUGGCAUUCAAUUGGUACAGUUCCAUCAGUUGCUUUCAGACAUUCCCUUGG